AUGGACCCGAGUCCAUUCAAGCCCCAUGGAUUGGACCCAAAGUCCACGCAGAUCCAUCAAAUCCAAACGCCCAAGCGAACAAAUCGAACGGCGUCGUUCAGGUCGAGUCACCACCGGCGAGCCCAGUCGGAGGUAAAUUUCCGGCUACCGGAGGAUUUAGAUCUGGUAUCGGACCCUUUCGAUGCGGUUUCGGGGAGUUUUGACGAGAUCGGAUCGGAGGACGAUCUAUUCUCUACUUACAUGGACAUUGAAAAGCUCGGAUCCAACUUGAACGAUGGCGUUUCGGACAAUGCCGUUGGCGGAGGUGGUACUAUUAAUUGUGGUGGAGUAGCGGCGGAGAGUAGGGAGGAGAGAGCAAAAUAUGAUGAGGCCUCGGCAUCGGCACAGUAA